AUGGCCUCUUCCUCCAUUCAGCCCACAGCCUUUUCCUUGAUCGGCUGCCCAGUUACAGAGAAACUUGCCAAGAACAACUACUCCACAUGGAGCACCCACGUCCUAUCUGCCAUUCGCGGUGCGCGACUGGCACAUUUCCUCGACGCCAAGACCGCAGGCAUGCCGGCCAGGAUGGUGGCUAAAGCUGCGGACAAGCCAGAAGAGUUGAUCUCCAAUCCUGACUAUGAUGAAUGGGUUGGUAAGGAUCAGACAAUAUUCAAUUAUCUCUACUCAUCUGUGUCCAAGGAUGUGCAAGUACAGGUGUCCAACUGCACAACCUCUGCCGAGAUGUGGAAGGUCAUUCAAGACAUGAACGCCGCUCAAUCCCGCGGCAGGGUAAUCAAUACCCGCAUGGCGCUAGCACACGCGCAGAAGGGAUCGUCCAUUGUUGCUGAAUUUUUCAGCAAGAUGAAAGGUCUCGCCAACGACAUGGCGGCGGCCGGGAAGAAACUUGACGACGAGGAGGUGGCUUCGUACAUUCUCGCCGGGCUAGACACGGAUUUUGAUCCGGUUGUCUCGUCCAUGUCGUCGCGUGUGGAGUCUCUCACCCUCGGGGAGCUCUACUCGCAUCUCGUCAGCUGGGAACAAAGGAUGGAUCUGCGCCAACCCAACAACUCAGGCACCUCCGUGAACACCGCCACUCGAGGUGGUCGCGGAGGCUCCCAGCGCGGCGGCGGAGGCGGUCGCGGUGGCGGCUUCCAGCGAGGAGGUGGCCGUAACCGCGGCCGUGGCAACCACAACAACAACCGCGACAACAACCGCGACAACCACGCGUUUUGA